AUGGAUCACUGCUGCUUCCUGUGCAGACAGAGCUUCCUGCAGACAGAGCUUCCUGUACAGACAGAGCUUCCUGCAGACAGAGCUUCCUGCAGACAGAGCUUCCUGCAGACAGAGCUUCCUGCAGACAGAGCUUCCUGCAGACAGAGCUUCCUGUACGGACAGAGCUUCCUGUACAGACAGAGCUUCCUGCAGACAGAGCUUCCUGUACAGACAGAGCUUCCUGUACAGACAGAGCUUCCUGCAGACAGAGCUUCCUGUACAGACAGAGCUUCCUGCAGACAGAGCUUACAGAGCUUCCUGUACAGACAGAGCUUCCUGCAGACAGAGCUUCCUGUGCAGACAGAGCUUCCUGCAGACAGAGCUUCCUGUGCAGACAGAGCUUCCUGCAGACAGAGCUUCCUGUACAGACAGAGCUUCCUUCAGACAGAGCUUCCUGCAGACAGAGCUUCCUGUACAGACAGAGCUUCAUGUACAGACAGAGCUUCCUGUACAGACAGAGCUUCCUGUACAGACAGAGCUUCCUGCAGACAGAGCUUCCUGUACAGACAGAGCUUCCUGUACAGACAGAGCUUCCUGUACAGACAGAGCUUCCUGCAGACAGAGCUUCCUGCAGACAGAGCUUCCUCCAGACAGAGCUUCCUGUACAGACAGAGCUUCCUGUACAGACAGAGCUUCCUGCAGACAGAGCUUCCUGCAGACAGAGCUUCCUCCAGACAGAGCUUCCUGUACAGACAGAGCUUCCUGCAGACAGAGCUUCCUGCAGACAGAGCUUCCUGUACAGACAGAGCUUCCUGUACAGACAGAGCUUCCUGUACAGACAGAGCUUCCUGUACAGACAGAGCUUCCUGCAGACAGAGCUUCCUGUACAGACAGAGCUUCCUGUACAGACAGAGCUUCCUGUACAGACAGAGCUUCCUGUACAGACAGAGCUUCCUGCAGACAGAGCUUCCUGCAGACAGAGCUUCCUGUACAGACAGAGCUUCCUGCAGACAGAGCUUCCUGCAGACAGAGCUUCCUGUACAGACAGAGCUUCCUGCAGACAGAGCUUCCUGCAGACAGAGCUUCCUGUACAGACAGAGCUUCCUGCAGACAGAGCUUCCUGCAGACAGAGCUCAGGGAAACUUGUUUCUGCGACAGAGGAGGUGGUUCCAACAGGUGCUGGAGGAUCCUGGUGUUUGA